AUGUACUUUUAUCACCUAAAGUUUGAACUCUAUAUUCCGGCAGGGAAUAAUUCACAUAAUUGUCAAAAUAAAUUCAUUAUUAACGAAAAUUCUCUUGAUUUAUUCUACGUUCCAAAGGAUAUUUUUGCACCUUUACCUGUGCAUUCUCAACUAAACAACGAACCGCACCAAGUGCCUUCAAUUCCACCAACUCCGAUCUCUAAAUAUAAUAGUUCUUCUGGUAAAUCAGAUCCUCCUUCAGGUUGGACAAUUGUUGGAAGGCGAAAAUCAAUUGCGUCUACUUCUGCGGUACCUUCAACUAUAAUAACAUCUAAACCAAAUUUUGAUAAAACUCACGAUUUUCGAUUUGGUAAGAUUGAAGUCGAGUGGUUUGAUAAUUUUGAAAUAAUUGAAGCUGAAAAUAUGGGUGAAAAUAUGAACGAAAACCAGAAAAGCAAAUCGAGUAGUGAUAAAGCAGUAAUACCAGCAGGUGAAUUUAUUCCGCUUAAGUCUGGUAAAACAAACUUUAGUUAUGGUGUGCUACAUUUAUAUCGCGAUCCGAGUGAAAUACUUUCAUCGAAAGAUGACCAAGGUUUUAUUCGGGUUGGAAAGAAUGAUAAAAAUAACUCUGGUAAACAGAAUAGCUCUGGAUCAAAUCAAAAUUCUGUUGAAAAACAAGAAGAGUUUCCUGGAAUAUUGAAUAAUGAAGAGACUAUAUUGGCCGUAUUGGCCGUGCCUUCUUUUAUGAGUGCUUCAGAUUUUUUGGCAUUUGUUGCACCAGUACAAAGAUUUGUAAGUCAUUUUAGAUUUAUCAGAGAUUCGGCACCCAACAAGUUUAUGGUCUUGAUGAAGUUUAGACAUGCACGAGCAGCAUGGGAUUUUUAUAGACAAUUUAAUGGUCGUCCUUUUAGCUCUAUGGAGCCUGAGAUAUGCCAUGUGGUCUACAUCAAAUCUAUCGAAUUCAAAUCUACUUCUAUUCCUCCUGACGCAUUCCCUUUUUUGCAUGAUCCUUUUAUACCCUCUACGCAAAAUGACACAACGAAAUCUAAUGACCAAACUCAACAAUCCUCCGUUUUAUAUGAACUUCCAACAUGUCCUGUAUGCCUUGAAAGAAUGGAUGCAUCCGUAACAGGGUUGCUUACAAUUCUGUGUCAACAUACGUUUCAUUGCGAUUGCUUAAGUAAAUGGGGUGAUAGUAGUUGUCCUAUAUGUCGUUAUAGUCAGAAAAGUAAUGUUCUCGAUCCAUCACUAGGACAAAAUGAAUGCGGAAUUUGUGGUGUCACUGAGAAAACUUCACAUUUAUACGCUUUAGAAUUAGAGACUCAAAGAGUUUGGGAUUAUGCUGGUGACGGAUACGUUCAUCGUCUAAUACAAAACAAAUCGGAUGGUAAACUAGUAGAGUUACCUAGUCCCGAUGGUCCGCCUCAAAUGCAACAACCACGUGCGGAAGUUGACCAAGACAAACUUGAUGCAAUUGGACUUGAGUACAGUUACCUUUUAUCAACCCAGCUUUCUUCUCAACGAGUUUACUAUGAAGAAAAACUUGAGUCUGUCACACUUCAAUUAUCAAAGCUAACAAGUCAAGUUCAAAAGUUUGAGGAUGAAAUUUCAAUUUUGAAUCAAGAUAAAGGUAAAUAUAAAAAAGAAAAUGAAUUACUUGAAAAAGAAAAGAUACCAUCUUUGAUAAAAGAGAAGAAAGCCAUUGAGAAGAAAAUGGAAAAAUUUACUGAAAAGUCAAAUAAACUCGAAAAAGAAUUGAAUGGUGAGAGAGAGUUAACAAAAUCUUUAUUAAUGAAACAAGAAUAUUUGCAAUCUCAAUUGGAAAACAAAGAUGCAAAAAUUAAAGACCUCGAAGAACAAGUGCGAGAUUUGAUGUUUUUCUUCUCGUCACAAGAAAAAUUAAAAGAAAACCCUGAGUUAGCGGGUGGCAACAUUGUUGUUUCAGAAAAUAGUGGUAACAGUGGUGGAAAUGCGAGAAAGAAAAAAGGAAAAAGGUGA